UGGCGCCAGCCCUGCGUUAUGGGGAGAGCUGUGCCUGCUCGUAGCCUUCCCGCUUCUGUUCCUUGACUUAUUUUUCUUUCUCGGAACACGGCUAGGUCUAGCUCAGCAGCUUCUUAGUUUGACCUUUUAUAACACGGCAUAAUAAACUUUGCUAGCAACCACCGCUAGCUUCACCAGCAGCCCCUCUAGGUACGUUUGGAAGGCGCCUUUCAAAAGAUAGAAUGCAGCUGUUUUGUUUGACAGCAUUGCCUGGAUGUAGAAGACAACAUCAUGAUUCCAGAAUUUGACAACUUGUACCUGGAUAUGAAUGGUAUCAUCCAUCAGUGUUCACACCCUAAUGAUGACGAUGUUCACUUCAGAAUCUCAGAUGAUAAGAUCUUUGCUGAUAUUUUUCACUACUUGGAAGUAUUAUUUCGCAUUAUUAAACCAAGAAAGGUUUUCUUCAUGGCAGUUGAUGGAGUGGCUCCAAGAGCAAAAAUGAACCAGCAGCGUGGGAGACGUUUUAGGUCAGCAAGAGAAGCAGAGGACAAAAUAAAGAAGGCUUUAGAAAAAGGAGACGUUCUCCCUACAGAAGCCAGGUUUGACUCCAAUUGUAUUACACCAGGGACUGAUUUCAUGGCCAGGUUGCACGAACAUCUGAAGUAUUUUGUAAAUAUGAAGAUUUCCACAGACAAAUCCUGGCAUGGCGUAACUGUCUACUUAUCAGGCCACGAGACACCAGGUGAAGGAGAGCAUAAAAUUAUGGAAUUUAUCCGAUCAGAGAAAACGAAGCCUGAUUACGAUCCAAACACAAGACAUUGUCUGUAUGGUUUAGAUGCUGACUUGAUUAUGCUUGGAUUAACAAGUCAUGAGUCACAUUUCUCACUUUUAAGAGAAGAAGUCAGGUUUGGUGGCAAAAAAUCCCAGAGAGCAUGUGCCCCAGAAGAAACCACAUUUCACUUACUGCACUUGUCAUUAAUGAGAGAAUAUAUUGACUAUGAAUUUUCACCAGUAAAAGACAAGAUUUCCUUUCAAUAUGACAUUGAAAGGAUAAUAGAUGAUUGGAUCUUAAUGGGAUUUCUUGUAGGCAAUGACUUUAUUCCUCAUCUACCUCAUUUACAUAUUAAUCAUGAUGCACUGCCACUACUUUAUAAAACAUAUAUGGCUAUCCUGCCAGAACUUGGAGGCUACAUUAAUGAAAGUGGGCAUCUGAACUUACAACGCUUUGAGAAAUAUCUUACAAAAUUGUCAGAUUUUGAUCGUGAACACUUCAGCGAAGUCUUUGUAGACCUAAAAUGGUUUGAAAGCAAAGUAGGCAAUAAAUACCUCAAUGAGGCAGCUGGUAUCGCAGCAGAAGAAGCAAGACGCCAUAAGCAAAAGAAACAGAAGGUUCAGGAAAACUCCAUGUGUUUGGCUGCUCUAGAGAAAACUGAGGAUGGAAUUAUGACUUCUUCUAAAAAUGCAUUGGAAGAUGAACAAGAAGAUGAAGACCUGUUUGAGACUGAGUUCAGGCAAUACAAAAGAACGUAUUAUAUGACUAAGAUGGGUGUGGAAGUAGUUUCAGAUGACUUCCUGGCUGAUCAGGCUGAAUGUUAUGUCCAGGCAAUACAGUGGAUUUUGCACUAUUACUACCAUGGGGUUCAGUCAUGGAGCUGGUAUUACCCUUAUCAUUAUGCACCUUACCUAUCAGACAUUCGCAAUAUCAGUAAACUCAAAAUCCAGUUUGAGUUAGGAAAACCUUUCAUGCCAUUUGAACAGCUUCUUGCAGUACUUCCAGCAGCUAGCAAAGAUCUGCUACCUAAAUGCUACGAGCAUUUGAUGACUAGCGAAGAUUCUCCAAUCAUAGAAUACUAUCCUCCAGAUUUUAAAACAGACUUAAAUGGAAAACAGCAAGAAUGGGAAGCAGUAGUAUUAAUCCCAUUUAUUGAUGAGAAACGAUUGCUGCAAGCAAUGGAAUCUUGCAACAAGUGCCUAUCGGAAGAUGAGAAGCGAAGAAAUACUCACAGUGAGUGCCUAAUGUACUGGUAUGACAAAGACACAGAGUUCAAAUACCUGUCACCGUGGCCAGAGAAGUUCCCUGCCAUACAAAGAUGCCACACCAGGUAUAAAACAAUAUCUUUGGAUGCCUGGCAUGUAGAAAUAACCCACAAUAAGAUAACUAAAGUUAACAAGAGCGCAUUGUAUUUUUGUGGGUUUCCCACUCUAAAACACAUUGCACAUAAGUUCUAUCUUAAAAAAAGUGGGGUACAAGUAUUCCAGCAGAGCAGCCAUGGUGAGAAUAUGCUGUUAGAAAUCAUAUGUGACCAGGAUUCAAAAGAGCAGUCUGUAGAAAAUGUAGCCAGUUUGGUGCUUGGAAAGUCUGUUUUUGUUAACUGGCCACACCUUGAAGAAGCCAGAGUUAUUUCUGUGUCAGAUGGAGAAACUAAGUUUUAUUUGGAAGAGCCACAUGGAACACAGAAGCUUUACCUGGGAAAAACUGUGCCACCAACUAAAGUGGCAUAUGUUGGAGAGAAAGAACAGAGCAUCUGGUUGAAAGAAGUUCAGGGGAUUUCAGAACACUACCAGAGGAGAAAAGGAAUAAUUAUAAAUGAAACCUCAGUAGUUGUAUAUGCCCAGUUACUCACUGGUCGUAGAUAUCAGCUAAAUCCAAAUGGUGAAGUUUAUUUGGAGAAGCAGUGGUCAAAACAAGUUCUUCCUUUUGUUUACCAAACUAUUGUCAAGGAUAUCAGUGCUUUUGACUCUCGUUUCUCCAACAUCAAAACCUUGGAUGAUCUGUUUCCUCCUGGAAGUACAGUCUUUAUGCUGGGGACUCCUUACUAUGGCUGCACAGGAGAAGUGCAGGAUUCAUGUGAUGUUAUCACAGAAGGUAGAAUUCGUGUAGUUUUCAAUAUCCCGUGUGAACCCCAGCUUGAUUCCUUAAUACAGAACCAGCAUAAAUAUUCUGUGAAGUACAAUCCUGGAUAUGUUUUAGCCAGUCGUCUUGGAGUGAGUGGAUAUCUUGUCUCCAGGUUUACAGGAAGCAUAUUUAUUGGAAGAGGAUCCAGGAGAAAUCCACAUGGAGACCACAAGGCAAAUGUGGGCUUGAAUCUGAAGUUUAAUAAGAAGAAUGAAGAGGUUCCUGGCUAUACUAAGAAGGUUAGAAAUGAAUGGAUGUAUUCUUCUGCAGUAGAGCAACUUCUUGCUGAGUAUUUAGAAAGGGUCCCUGAACUGUUUAGUUAUAUUGCCAAAAAUAGUCAAGAAGAUAUAUUCUAUGAAGAUGAUAUUUGGCCUGGGGAGGACGAGAAUGGUGCUGAGAGAGUUCAAGAAAUUGUUGCCUGGCUAAAGGCGCAUCCUGUCAGCGCUUUAUCUCGUUCAUCUUGUGACUUACAAAUUCUGGAUGCAGCUAUUGUAGAGAAAAUUGAAGAAGAAUUAGAGAAGUGCAAGCAAAGGAAGAGUAACAAGAAGGUGCGAGUGACGGUGAAACCCCAUUUGCUGUAUAGACCUCUAGAACAACAGAAUGGGGUUGUUCCAGACAGAGAUGCAGAGUAUCGACUGUUUGACCGCGUUGUCAAUGUGAGGGAGAACUUUUCUGUUCCAGUUGGUCUUCGAGGUACCAUUAUAGGACUUAAAGGAGCAAGCAGAGAAAUGGAUGUACUCUUUGAAGUGUUGUUCGAUGAAGAAUUCCCUGGAGGCCUAACAAUAAGGUGCUCACCUGCUAGAGGUUAUCGUCUGCCAACAAGUGCCUUAAUUAACCUAUCUCAUGGUAGUCGGUCCGAAACAGGAAAUCAGAAAUUGACAGCCAUAGUGAAACCACAACCAGCUGUGAAUCAUUACAACUCAUGCCCAUCUGAGUCGUCAUCUGUAUGCUCACAAAAAGUGCAUCUAGGAGGUCUCAACCAUUCUCCUCGUUCCCUUUUUGUUCCUACUCGACAACUGAAUGGAAGACAGCAUUACAAUCUCAGGGCUGAAAAUCAGGGCAAUUCCAUUUCACUACAGAAAGGAUCAUUUUUGGGCAGCAAUCAGAAACAAAAAGCUCAGAGUAAACAAGAUGAUGAAUUUUGCAGCAUUUGGCAAUCACUGCAAGGGUCUGGAAAAUCUCAACAUGUUCAACAAAAUAUGAAUGAAAAGGGUGCAAUCCUACCUCAAGAAACAAAGCCAGGAACUGGCAACCAGUUGUACAAACCAGGCUUCAAUGAGAGUACCCUCAAAGGCCAGCAAAGAAAACAGGAGCCAUUUAAAAAGUUUAAAGAAGAUUCUAAAGUUCCAAGAAAUGAAGGUCAGACACACAAAAUAUCAAACAAACAGAAUUUUGCAGGAGCAAAUAAAUAUAAUGUUAAGCUUUUGAAGAGGAAUGAAAGUCCAAGUGUGCCUGUAAUUCAGAAGGCUUCAGUUGAUGAGUCCUGUAUAGCUGGGAAGAAGGACUCUGAACUUGAAAACCUUCUAGCAUCUUUGAAAAUCUCCAAAGAAAAUGAAGUGCAAUCAUCUUAUCCCAAGGAAGAAAGAGUCACCAAUGAAGAACAUCUGUCUCCACAGUCUUUUGCUAUGAAAGGAACACAGAUGCUCAAAGAAAUUUUGAAGAUUGAUGGCUCUGACAUAGAAACCAAGAAUGAAAUGAAACCAUUGAUUAAUGAAGUUCCUGCUUCCUCUGCUAGGCAGGAUUCCCAUGGGGCUGCCAUGCAGCAUAGACAAACAAAAAAAAUGGCUGCUUACAUGAACAAGCCUCAUGGUGUAGGAGGCCCUCAUAAUGCUCAGGCUUUGGAAACUGGAGGUCACCCUCUCCUUGGCCCACAGUCUGCGUUGUCUACCCCAGUAUCUGAACUCUCUCGUAUUUGUUCCCUGGUUGGAAUGCCACAACCAGAUUUCUCCUUCCUCAGAACACCACAGACCAUGACAGUUUGUCAAGUAAAAUUAUCCAAUGGCUUAUUAGUACAUGGACCUCAGUGUCACUCUGAAAAUGAAGCCAAGGAGAGAGCUGCAUUUUUUGCAUUACAACGAUUGAGCUCUUUAGGAGUGAACUUUUCUUUGCCGCCACCUCCACCGGUGUUUCCAAAUUAUCAGUCGAUGGGAGCUCCUGUACCACCUGGAUCCAUUCCUCCAGUCUUCACCCAGCCCACUGCUAAUAUGAUGCCUCCAUCAUCUCACAUGUUUGGUACAAUGCCAUGGAGAGCUCCAGUGCCUAUUCAUGGCAAAUCUUACUAUCCCGGUUCAUAUCCUGGGAACAUGCCUCUUGCAGGAACUGUCCCAGUUGGUACUCACAACCAGUUUAUUCCUCUACAGGUAAUUAAAAAAAGGGCUGCUAGCAAGAAAAAUUUCGAGUUCAAAGAAUUCCAGAGCUCCCUUCAAGCUGGACCACUAAAGAAUGAACAGCUAAUGUAUUCUGAAACCAACAAGCUCAUUCAACAAGAUACUUCAGCUCCUUUAAAAUCUCCUCAAGCUGUUCAGUCUGCUGUUUCUUUUCAAGACAACGUAGCUACUCCAGGCGUUCCUCAUAACAAAUCAACACCAAACAUUUCUAGCAAACGAAAGCCAAGAAAACUGGCUGUCAACUUUGGUGCACCAAAAUCUUCAGAAUAAAUACUGUAGCUAGAUUGAUUUUAUCUUUCCACUUCCCCCAGUGUUUUUCAUAUAAAUUUAGGAUUUUUAAGGAGAUAUAUAUAUCCUUAAAAAAAUCAUAGUGCUAUUUAGAAAAAUCAACCAUUUUAAGUAUGAUUUUAUUUUUCCUCUUAUCCCAGUGUUUAUAAUCUCCUUUAAAAAAUCAUAAAGCAUUAUUUAAAAAAAAUAAGUAUAAUAAAGAGUGAAAGACAUUUCAGUUGCUAGGCUUUUCCAGGCUGUUGAUAAAUACUUAUAAAAACUAUGUUAAAAUUUGAUUAAAGAUCUUAACUUAAACUGAUAAAAGCCAGAAAAUCCUGAAUUAAGGUCACCACACGAUCCAUUGGUGCCUAGGUCUCUGAAUAGUGGCUUACAUUCUAUAGCGGGUGAGCAGCAAUAAUAUUAGAGUGGGACUCCUAAUUCAGAAUUGCCUCGCUUUUGCGGUAGGAUAUGGGGCAGUAAUAAGUCAGGCAUGGAAUAUUGCUUAAUACGAUCUUUCGUAUUUUAACUCCUUUUUUAUAAAAUAGAGAAGGCUUUUAUUUACCUGUAAAUUUCAUAUUUAUUAGGUCCUUCUGAUCUGAAGGAGUGGAAUAGAACUUAACUGUGGUGGCACUGCCAGAUUUGCUGUCACUACAUUCAUUUCUAGGUUUCAUACCAAACGGUAGAAGUUCUAAAACUCUCAGAAGGUAGACAUCAUUACAUAUCUAGAAUUAUUGUUACAGGAUGAAUUUUACAAAAUGGCAAAGUAGAUGGGUUGCUGACAGAGACAACUGGCUUAUAGAAUACAGCAAAUGCAAAUUGACUUGCAAACAAAAGUUCUCACUUCAAAUUAUAUUAAUAAAGUUGCUAGUUAUGAUUCAUUUAAAAAUCUGACUCCACUUCACUUUACUAGUUAAUCAACAUAGAUAUCCACUACACAUCCACAUGCACUUCUUCAUGGACUCCAAAAGCCACAAAAAUCCUGACUUUUUCUAAAUUAUAAAAUGAGUAGAGUGCAAAGGUAUUUGUGUAUAUAUAGCAUGUUAAUCAAACUCAUGCUCAUCCUUUGAGCCAAUUUCUCCCAUCUACAGUUUUCUCCAUAGAGUGAAGUUUGGAAUCUGGCAGGUUCUCUUUUCUAAAUUACUAUUUUUUUGUUUGUUAGCUGACUUUUAAUAUAUAUUUUAAUUUCAUGAUAAUAUAUGGUGGCAGAAGACACACUAAAUUGUCAUCCUUGAGUUAGAGUUCUAAGCUUAUUCCCUAAUAACAUCUAGACAAAAAAUUCUUGAUUUACCUUUUUGGAGGGAAUUAUCACUUUAUAUCUAAAAGAAGAAAAAAACUGAAAGGACCCUGUACUACCUUAUGAUCCAUGCAAUUCUCAUUCAUCAUAAAUGAAAAUUGUAUGGAUCCAAAGCAAAACUUGGUCUGAUGUCUCUUCUCAUUUGGCGCACUCUGUAGAUGUUGGCUGGGUCUGCACCACCAUUUUUACCUUAUUCUUGUCUGUCCUGGUGAAAAUACUUUUCCUCAAAACCCUAGAAGGAUUAGUGAUAUGUCAGACUUUAAUCAGUGAUUCAAUACAGUGUCUCUAAGCAGACUUCAUGCAGCACAUGCAAGUUUGCAGAAUUUUCCUCGGUUUCUUAUCUUGCUAUUUUGCCAUGGUAACAUAGCUUCACUUUCCUAUGGUAGUGUCCAAUUUCAUCUCACAGAUGUUUCUCUUGCUAAGGUUUUUGAUUCAUUUUCCCAAAACUGUUUUUGUCUCCUCUCUGCUGUCCUGCCUUUCAGGGGUCUUUGAUAGCUAUUGCUAUUUCUAUCCUUCCCAUAGACAGUGUGUUCUCUCAGAAAUUUUAUUCGGUCGUUUUUGGCCAGAUACUUGUCUUCUGGGCCUCUGAUACUCCAAUCCUUUUAUAGUAGUCUGUACAUAAUCAUAAAACUCUUCUGGUUAAUCUGGAUUGACUGUACCACAGAGAUGACAGACUCUAUAUGUGGAUCCAGUAUAUUUAAACUCUGAUUCCAGAAAUCAUGUAGUUUCAGGAUUAUUUUUAUGUCGUGCCUUGUUAGUCAUUCAAAAUCCUUGCACAUCUCCAGGCUAGAAUAGCAACCUUCAGGUGUUUACACUGAUUAACUUUUGUACAACUUUUUUUAAGGAGAUAGUGAGUCUCUCAAUAGCAGCUAGCUCCUACUUAGUCUCAAAGGUUCAUCUGUAUUCUGCUGUGUUGUGUGCUUUUCCUUACAUCUAAUGCUUUCCAAUGUGAGUUCAUUCUUCACAGUGUGAAUUUUAAGAUCUUUAAUUAUUAAAUUGAUUGAAACAAUUUCUUAUUUAAAUUAAUUUAGAUGUAUAGGGUUCAAAAUCCUGUUUCUCAGCGGCGACAUCUAUCAAAAUAUAUUAACUCUGUCGUAUUUAUAGAGAUUUGCCUUUUAGAGGGUCUUAAGGUACAUUCCAUUAAGUUGACCUUCACAAUGUAUCUCAUCAACAUCAUUAGGGAUUAUGUUGGCAUGAUACUGAUGCUAGCAUAAAUAUUUUUAAAACGUUGCUUUUCCUAACUAGAUUUCCAGACUCUGAGUUCCUAGUCUUUUGUACUAUUAUUUGAUCUCCAGGGCGCGAUCUUUUGAGAAGCUUCCAUUAUGGAGAAAACUGGAUUACGUUCUGCUAGCACACCUACAAACCUUCCUAAGAGAUUCUAAUCUCCAUAAAACCUUGUUUUUCAGUAUUAUCCCCAAGAUUACGUGGCUAGUAGAUGCUGGGUGUGGGUACCAGAGUCACUGCUGAAAUACUGAAUUACAUAGUUUAUAAUGUCCUCUUGUAUCUAGAUAGCCAGAUAUGCAGAUAUGUAAAGAAUGAUUUGUGAAGGAGACUAUGUCAAUGCCAGUAUAAAUAAACCAUUUGUUUUCUCAUGAAAUAGUUACUUCUUUCAAACCGGGAGCUGAAUUUUUUCCCAGUGCCACUGAAACUGCCAUACUAAAUUUCUAUACAUAAGUUAAAUAUUUGAUUCUGUAUCUGCUGUGUAUUGUAUUAGUCCCUAUUUCCUAGUUACCCUUCCUGUCCAUUUUAUCUGCAUUUAUGGGUUCUGUAAUGUCCAGAACCUGGUGCCCAAUCAACUUACUUUAGCAUUCACAUGUUCUGUUACAUGUGAUAUGUACAUUGUCCUAAGCCGUAUCAUCUAUUAUUUCAGCUCUUUUGUUUUAUAUUCUAUGUCAACUCUGUAAUUAUGUUUAAUUCAUACAGGUAUAACUUUAAACAUUCAUUUUUCUCAUAGAUAUAAAGUAUUUUGUAAGUACUGGAAUUUUUCAUUAGAUCUUAUACAGAGCAGUAUUUUAUUAAAAAUCCAGAAGGGAAGACUUUUAUGUGUGCAUUUUUGUAGUUUGAUUUUUUUAAAAUAACUUUUCAUUGUUUAUCUGCCAAGUGAAAUGUUUUCAAUUUGCAUAUGAAUGGAAAUGGAAUGUAUUUUUUUGUCCUGUUUAGUGUUAAAUUGUGCGUUUGCAGAUUUCUAGCAUGUAGUUGCAUAAAGGACUGUGCAAACAUAUUUUAAAAUAUGAACAUAAGAUACACUGAAGGAUAAAAAUUAUUCAUAAGAGUUAAAUGCUAUACAGAAUUUUAAUUCAACAGAAUAAUUUUAUAAACCUGUUUGUUGUCUGCGUCUGCUUGGAUUAAAUAUUGAAACUAGAAA